AUGGCAGUGUUACUCGGUAGUUACUCUAUUGCUUUAUUUGGAACCAGCUUUGUCAUUGCUACUCUGACUUACAUCACCUACAGGCUGCUCAGUGGUUACCUGCACAAAUGGUUCACAAUGAAGCCUAUUCCAGAGUUGGAAGGAACAUAUCCGAUCAUUGGAAAUGCACUAAUAUUCAAAAACAAUCCAGGAGAUUUCUUUAGUCAAAUUCAGGAUUUUGUCCAGGAGUUCAGGGAUGCACCGCUAUUUAAAAUCUGGAUUGGAACACUUCCAUGUGUGAUUUUGUUUCAUGCUGAGAAUGUUGAGACCGUUCUGACCAAUGCGGUUCAUAUGGAGAAAUCCUAUGCAUAUACCUUCCUUUACCCUUGGCUUGGAACUGGACUUCUUACUAGCACUGGCCCUAAGUGGCGUCAGCGGCGGAAGAUGUUGACCCCCACCUUCCACUUCUCCAUCCUGACAGAGUUCUUGGAAGUGAUGAACGAGCAGGCGGAGAUCCUGGUGGAGAAGCUGGAGAAGCAGGCGGGGAAGGGUCCAUUUAACUGCUUUAAUCACAUUACCCUGUGUGCCCUGGACAUUAUCUGUGAAACCGCAAUGGGAAAGAAGAUUCACGCCCAGAGUAAUUCUGACUCAGAAUAUGUUAAGAGUGUGUACAAGAUGAGUGACAUUAUCAGCCGCAGACAGAGGACACCUUGGUUUUGGCCUAACUUUGUGUACAAUUACUUUGGUGAUGGGCAGGAGCAUGACAAGACACUCAAGGUCCUGCACUCCUUUACAAACAAAGUGAUACAUGAAAGAUCUGAGAAAAUGUCCCAUAUUGAAUCAGAUAACGACUCUGACAAUGGCACAAAGAGAAGACGAGCAUUUCUGGACAUGCUCUUGAUGACCACAGAUGAAGAUGGCAACAGGAUGAACAAUCAGGAAAUUCAGGAGGAAGUGGACACCUUUAUGUUUGAGGGCCAUGACACUACAGCAGCCUCCAUGAACUGGGCCGUGCAUUUGCUGGGCGCCCACCCCGAGGCGCACAGCCGAGUUCAACAAGAGCUCCAGGAGGUGUUCGGUACAUCUAACCGGCCUGCUAACAUGGAGGACCUGAAGAAGCUCAAAUACCUGGAGUGUGUGAUCAAGGAGGCCCUGCGACUGUUUCCCUCUGUGCCUUUCUUUGGCCGCAACAUUGGUGAAGACUGCCAUAUCAAUGGUUUCAAGGUGCCCAAAGGUGCAAAUGCCAUCGUUGUGACCUAUGCUCUCCACCGUGACCCGCGCUACUUCCCUGAGCCCGAGGAGUUCAGGCCUGAGCGCUUCCUGCCUGAGAAUGCAGUGGGACGGCCUCCGUAUGCGUACAUCCCCUUCUCCGCUGGACUCCGCAACUGUAUCGGUCAGCGUUUCGCUCUCAUGGAGGAAAAGGUGGUCUUGGCAGCCAUCCUGCGUAACUUUAGUGUUGAAGCUUGUCAGAAACGUGAAGAUCUGCGGCCUUUAGGAGAGCUCAUCCUGCGACCAGAGAAGGGCAUCAUUAUUCAGCUGGAAAAGAGGAUUUUAUCAAACUAGCACCUGCUCAGGUUGACAGAAGAUAUGCACUAAAUACAUUGACCUUUGUGAUCUUUAUUUACACCGCUCUCAUGGUGGUGGAUUCUUUCUUUUUUAAAUGGUCUUAGAGCGUCAGGUAGAGUUGUGAUCUUGGUGUUUGGAUUUUACAAUCUUCUCACCAUUAUAGUCUUCAUAAUUACAAAAAACUAAGCUUUAUGACAAUAAUUUAAAACAUAUUGUUUUCUUUCCUUGAAUUAGCUACAUAAUGCACAACUCGAACUCAACUACAACAACAACAACAACAACCAAGAAUGUAGAAAAAUCCCUUUAAAAAUAUGUAAUUUAAUUGUAGGUAUUAUGUUGCUAAGAAGAGCUAAGCAAUGCCAGUAUUUUGGAACUAAUGUUAAAGGUUAAUAAAACUUUCUUUAACAAAUUUAGCUUUUGAAAUACAUUUUGAUGAUGGUGCUUCGUCCCUGGUUUUAGUCACUGCCAUCCAGCUUAACAGUUACAUUUGUGUACCCAUUCUAUUAAGAAAUUUACUUUUUGUCAUCUAAAGAAAAUGUUUGCUAAAAGGUUGGCUCAAGUCCAAUAAAUGUUUUAAAAAAUAA